UUGAUCCCUAACUUUGCCCCUGCCGUUGUUCUUCCUCUGCGUCUUCAAGCAUUGCGAACUGCAGGUCUCGAACUCGCUCUUCAAGAACACUAGAUUGCAAUGGGUCUUAACAUGUCGGAUAAUCGGAAUCUACAAGAUCAAAAACGCAGAUUGCUCGCUGAGAAGUUCGAAUUGAGGAGAAAGCUAUACAAAGCGUUCGCUAAAGAUACCGAUCUUCCGAAUGAUGUGCGGGAGAAAUUCCGUGGUAAGUUGGCUGAUUUACCGAGAAAUAGUUCAUUUACUCGAGUGAUGAAUCGGUGUGUUUUCACUGGUCGUGCUCGUUCCGUUUAUCAGAUGUUUCGAGUUUCUCGUAUCGUGUUUCGUGAUUUAGCUUCUGGUGGUCUUUUGCAUGGCGUUAAGAAAUCUUCGUGGUAGAAUCAUCGAGUCAAUUUCAGAAUAAGGUUAGCUUUCCUGAUCUGCUUGAAGAAUCGCGAUAUUUUGAUCGAUGAUUAUUGUUGGAUUAGCUACUGUUUUCUUCCUUCAACUUUUUGGGAUUAUAAAUCUACGUGAAUGUCGGAUCUGAUAAAUUAGGAUUCAAUUGGUAGCUGAUUUUGUUGAAAUACUCAAGAAGCGCAAUCAUAUCGGAUUCAAAUAACUGUGUUUGUUUGAACUGAUUCUAUUAAAUGUUGAACAGGAAAUUGUGUUUGAUUUUAUUCAACUUUGAAGAUGAAUGAUAUCGAGUUUGAUUAACAGGAAGUUGAGGUUUGAUUUAAGUUGAUUCUAUUGAUCUUUCAGCAGGACAUUGUUUUCUUAGAUGCAAACCAACUCUCUUCCCAAACAAUGCUAUUGAUCAAAUCCUGAGAAUUUAGUAGCAUCCAUAGAGCAAAUUUUGGUUGCAUUCAGUUAAUAUCAAUCCCCUUGCUGUCAUUAGGAUCAACUGUCAAAGGAAGACAUAAUUCAACAUCUAUUUCAUUUCUUCUUUCUCCU